CCGGCUCGCCGGAGCCGAGCCACGCCCCUGAGGGGGUGGAGCAGCGGCCAGGGGCGGGUCCGCAGCUGGCGGCGCCCUGGCCUGGGGCGGGGGCUGUGGCAGCAGCUGCAGCAGCGGCGGCGGCAGCAGCGCCAGGAGGUGCUGCAGCAGAGGCGGAGGCUGCUCCUGGAAGCGUCUGCGCCGCGCAGCCGGAGCCACAGCCCGGAGGCGUCGGGAGGUGCGCUGGGUGCUGCUGUCGCUGCUGCUGCCGCUGUUGCCGCCGCCGGCCCGCCGCCGCCCGGGCCCCCGCUGCCACCGGGGCCCCGGCUGCCGCCUGCGCCCCCGUCGACCCCGCCCGCGUGUGCGCCCCAGCCGGGACGCCGCCCCCGGCCGGGUCUCCACUUCUCUGGGGCGCCUCCUAUGACAGCGCCCGCUCGAAGAUGGCUGCGAAGGGCGCGUACAGCUCCCACCUGAAGGUGGAGGGCGAGCUCGAGCGCUGCCGCGCCGAGGGCCACUGGGACCGCAUGCUCGAACUGGUCCGGCAGCUGCAGGCGCAGGGCGUGCCCGGCGGCGGAGGCCGGCGAUCCAGCCCCAGCUCCAGGCUCGUCUCUCUAGACACCGAGGACUUUGGGAAACUGCUGCUCGCCGAGGCCCUCCUGGAGCAGUGUUUGAAGGAAAACCACGCCAAAAUAAAAGACUGCAGCCCUUUGUUGGAGAAGAAUGAACAGAGAAUGAGUGAAGCCAAGAAUUAUCUGAGCAGUAUCCUGACCCACGGGAGGCUGCCGCCGCAGUACAUGUGCGAGGCCAUGCUAAUCCUGGGCAAGCUGCAUUACGUGGAGGGCUCGUACCGAGACGCCAUCAGCAUGUAUGCCCGCGCCGGCAUCGACGGCAUGUCCAUGGAGCACAAGCCCCUGUAUCAGAUGCGGCUGCUGUCGGAGGCUUUCGUCAUCAAAGGUAGGUGUGGGUGCCCGCCGGGGCUUCUGGCCACCACCCUUGGCGUUCCGUGUUGCUCCCUGUCUCCUGCUCUCUACUCUUUCCAGCAUGCCUCCAGCUUCUUGGGGGAACACAGUCCUGGUGGUCAGAGGUCCUGCCGGGGAGGCCUCUCCUUAGAACGCCUUCCCAACUCCAUCGCCUCGCACUACCGCCUGACCGAGAGGGAGGAGGAAGUGAUCGCCUGUUUCGAGAGGGCCUCCUGGAUCGCUCAGGUGUUCCUGCAGGAAUUGGAAAAGACCACAAGUAAUAGCACAUCCCGGCAUCUGAAAGGCUCUCACCUGGCCGACUACGAGCUCACCUACUUCCUGGAAGCAGCCCUGCAGAGCGCCUACGUGAAGAACCUGAAGAAGGGGAACAUCGUGAAGGGCAUGAGAGAGCUCCGGGAGGUUCUACGCAUGGUGGAGACCAAAGCCACGCAGAACUUCAAAGUGGUGGCGGCCAAGCACCUGGCGGGGGUCCUGCUGCACUCCCUGAGUGAGGAGUGCUACUGGAACCCCCUGUCCUACCCUCUGCCUGAGUUCAUGAACAAGGAGGAGAACGCCUUCGUCACACAGGCCCUGCGGAGACCGCAGCUCUACGAAGGAGACAACCUCUACUGCCCAAAGGAUAACAUUGAGGAAGCCCUCCUGCUGCUGCUCAUCAGCGAGUCCAUGGCAACUCGGGACGUGGUGCUGAGCCGGGCGCCUGAGCAGGAGAAGGACCGCACGGCCAGCUUGCACAACGCCGCGGCCAUCUACGACCUCCUGAGCAUCACGCUGGGCCGGAGGGGCCAGUAUGCCAUGCUGUCCGAGUGCCUGGAGCGAGCCAUGAAGUUUGCAUUUGGAGAAUUCCACCUUUGGUACCAAGUGGCCCUCUCCAUGGUGGCUUGUGGGAAGUCGGCCCACGCUGUGUCGCUGCUGCGGGAGUGCGUGAAGCUGCGGCCCUCCGACCCCACCGUGCCCCUGAUGGCUGCCAAGGUCUGCAUCGGGCCCCUGCACUGGCUGGAGGAGGCGGAACGCUUUGCCAUGAUGGUGAUCAGCCGUGGGGAGGAAGCCGGGGAGUUCCUCCCCAAGGGCUACUUGGCGCUGGGGCUCACCUACAGCCUGCAGGCCAGCGAUGCCACCCUGAAGUCCAAGCAAGACGAAUUGCACCGGAAGGCGCUGCAAACACUGGAGAGAGCCCAGCAGCUGGCGCCCGAUGACCCCCAGGUCAUCCUCUACGUCUCCCUGCAGCUGGCCCUCGUCCGACAGAUCUCCAGGGCCAUGGAGCAGCUGCAGGAGGCCCUGACAGUGUGCCGGGACGACGCCAAUGCCCUCCACCUGCUGGCGCUGCUCUUCUCUGCCCAGAAGCACCACCAGCACGCCCUGGACGUCAUCAACAUGGCCAUCACCGAGCACCCCGAGAACUUCAACCUGAUGUUCACCAAGGUGAAGCUGGAGCAGACGCUGAAAGGCCCAGAGGAAGCCCUCGUGACCUGCAGACAAAUGCUGCGCCUGUGGCAGACCCUGUACAGCUUCUCCCAGCUGGGAGGCCUGGAAAAGGACGGCAGCUUCACCGAGGGCCUCACCAUGAAGAAGCACAGCGGCAUGCACCUGACUCUCCCUGAUGCCCAUGACGCAGACUCCAACUCUCAGCGGGCCUCGUCCAUCGCAGCCUCGCGGCUGGAGGAGGCCAUGUCCGAGCUGACCGUGCCCGCCUCUGUCCUGAAGCAGGGCCCCUCGCAGCUGUGGACCACACUGGAGCAGAUCUGGCUGCAGGCUGCUGAGCUGUUCAUGGAGCAAAAACACCUUAAGGAAGCCGGUUUCUGUAUCCAGGAGGCGGCGGGCCUCUUCCCCACCUCUCACUCGGUGCUCUACAUGCGGGGCCGGCUGGCCGAGGCGAAGGGCAGCUUGGAGGAGGCCAAGCAGCUGUACAAGGAGGCGCUCACAGUGAACCCCGACGGAGUACACAUCAUGCACAGCCUGGGUCUCAUGCUAAGUCGGCUGGGCCACAAGAGCCUGGCCCAGAAGGUGCUGCGGGACGCCGUGGAGCGGCAGAGCACCUACCACGAGGCCUGGCAGGGCCUGGGGGAGGUGCUGCAAGCCCAGGGCCAGAACGAGGCCGCCAUCGACUGCUUCCUCACCGCCCUGGAGCUGGAGGCCAGCAGCCCCGUGAUGCCCUUCUCCAUUAUCCCCAGGGAGCUCUGAGCUCUGAGCAGCAGCAGCAGGGAGGGCUGGGGCCUCUGCGAAAUACAUCAGUAGUGAGCACGUGUGUGGGCUGCAGCCCAGUUCCCCGCGCCUUCCCUCUCCCACCCUGCCUUUCCCCAGGACUGGCUGGGCCUGGGUGCUGCUCAUCUGGAGCCAGGUGGACAAGAUUUGCAUCUGAAGCAAAUCCUCACUCCCUGGGCCACUGACACGGUGGCAUUUCUGCGUGGGGAAGUGGCUGGGAGAACACAGCUCCCAGCAGGUGCCAGCCAAGCGUGCACUGACGCCCAUGUGUCAUGGGCACGCACCUCCACCUGUCUCGAUGUUUCUGACACCUAGACCAGCCAGCUCUGCACAAGCCUGGCUCCUGAGCCUGGCAGCGCCACAGAUGAGCCCACAGCCGCCUCCGGCUGGGCCAAGGGGCUUUUCCUGGCCUCCUUCCUGGGUGCCUGGGAGACAGUCUGGCUUGAACCCUUGGUGACCUGGCCAAGUUGUGGUGACCAGACCCGCUCCACGAGAGCUGUGCCCUGCCCCCUCUACCAUGUGCAGUUGCCCGGGUGUCACCCGCCAGUCUCAGGACAACACAGCCUUCUGCAUGUCUCUCAGGUCUCCCAGGGCAGUCACAGCUUGGAGAAAGAGCGGGCAAGUGGGAAGAAGACGGGCCACUCUGGGCCUUGGGGGUCUGGCCAGGGGCCCUAACUCACCCUCUGUUUCCGUCCAGGGCCACAGCCCAGUAGCAUCUGUAGGCGCUCAGCCAGCAGCCCCCAUGAUGAGCCUCAGGGUAGGCAGGCAGCCUUGGAGCAGCCCUGUUGAUGCUGCAGUCCACACAUCAUUCCCACAGGUCCCUGGAGGUCUAAGAACGUGCGAGAGGUGGCCUCAGGGACUGUCCCCAGCACCCCAUCCCCCACAGCGCAUGGUUGUGCUUUCUGGGGUCCCCUGAGGCCAUGUGAGUGCCGCAGCCUGGGGCCGUGUCUGUGACAGACCCCGCUGUGGACUCAGAAGUCAGUGCCCUGCAGGCCCGCCGGGGAAGUCCCUUCUGGCCCACACUUUGGGUUUUGGGGUACAAAGCUCCUUCUGGUACCGCUCCCAUUUUCAGCUGUAUGGGAAGGUUGGCUGGGGGAGGCGUGCUUUGUCAUCACCCCAUCUGCCACGGAGGGAGAGGGCCCCUGGAGGCCCCCGCGCACUGCGCUGCCUCUGCACUAUGUGCCCCAAGGUGGCGACGCUGGCAGCCGGCGCUGCCUGGCCCUCCCGGGCGUCCGUCAGGAGCAUCCCAGAGGACACUGGCUGCUUUGCCUCUGGCUGAAGGAGCUCUGUAUGUGUACGUGUGUAUAUAAAUAUAAAUAUUUAUGUAUAUGAA